CUCCCACCCACAGCCACAUUUCUUUCCUUCCUGCUCUCAAAUUAUCUACUCCCUCCUUCCCUCUUAUCUCAGCCUCCAUGGCUCUUCUCCUCCCCUCCUUGCUCCUUCUCCUGUUCCAUUCUGCCAUUGCCCAGCCUUCUCCUGGAUACUAUCCAAGUUCCAAGUUCAGGCCUAUAAGCUUCUAUAAAGGUUUCAACAACCUUUGGGGUCCUCAGCACCAGUCUGUCUCCCAAGACCAAUCCUCCUUAACAAUUUGGCUUGAUAGAAGCUCAGGAAGUGGAUUCAAGUCAACCCGCCCGUUUCGAAACGGGUACUUUGGUGCAUCCAUCAAGCUCCAAACUGGCUACACAGCUGGUGUGAUCACAGCAUUUUAUCUUUCAAACGAUCAAGCACACCCUGGAUUCCAUGAUGAGGUCGAUAUCGAGUUCCUCGGGACAAUACCAGGGAAGCCAUACACACUUCAGACUAAUGUGUAUGUGAGGGGCAGUGGUGAUGGGAGGAUCAUUGGUAGAGAGAUGAGGUUCAACCUAUGGUUCGACCCGACGGCGGACUUUCAUCACUAUGCUAUAUUGUGGAACCCCGAUGAGAUCAUAUUCUUCGUCGACGAUGUGCCGAUAAGGAGGUAUGCGAGGAAGAAUGGAGCAACAUAUCCCAUGAGGCCAUUGUGGAUGUAUGGCUCCAUUUGGGAUGCAUCAUCAUGGGCUACAGAUGAUGGCAAAUACAAGGCUGACUACCGCUACCAGCCAUUCGUUGCAAGGUUCACCAGAUUCAUGAUUGGAGGGUGCUCGGCCUAUGCGCCAUCCGGUUGCCUCCCAAUAGCUGCAUCACCAUCUGGCUCUGGGCUUAGCUCUCAGCAGAAUGCUGCAAUGAGAUGGGUUCAGAGCAAGUACAUGGUCUACGACUACUGCCAGGAUUCCAGGAGGGACCAUUCCCUCACGCCUGAGUGCUUCAGUUGAGCUAUCUAUUCUGCUAUCACUCAACUCCACUUGUUUUAUUGUUAUGAGUGAUCUUUCUUGGUUUAAGAGAUAAUCUGGUCUCCUUUGGCGUGCUCUGCCUUUCUUAUUCUUCUCUGAUUUUUUUUUCUCAUGAAAGUGAGGGCUGCCCUACUACUUUAUGUUAGUAGUUGAGGCGUCUGUGGUUUUAAAAUUUUUGUCCAUCAUUGAGGUGUUGGUGUCGGUAUUGUAUUUGUGACUAUAUAAUAACGUUGGUUUGGUCUAUGCUGUAAUUGAGGACAUAAAGAUAGUUGAUGUUUAAGGCCCUGUUUGGGGGAGCUGUUGGCAGUAAAGCUGUUGGAAGUAGAGCUGUUGGAA